AUGUUAGAUAAUUUUCAAGCCGACUUGAAGUUGAAGUGGAGACAGUAUUUGGCAGCGUCCUUUGCGAGCUAUGGAAGCUUAUGCACGGGCAUGUCAAUGGGCUGGACGUCUCCGGUCUUCCCGAAACUGCGCUCCGAAAACUCGCCUCUCCCUCAAAUACCCACCCUGCAAGAGGAGAACUGGAUUGGCUCCUUACUUGUACUGGGAGGGCUACUCGGGCCAUUAAUAACAGUGCCACUAUUAAACCGCGUGGGCCGUCGUUGGAUAGUAAUGGGCUCCAACAUUCCACUGCUGCUUGGCUGGCUACUUGCUGGAGUGGCCACGGACUUGCCCACACUGUAUGCUGCAAGGAUUAUGUGGGGCUGUGCCACGGGCAUGCAGUUUGCGAGCGUUCCGUUGUAUAUUGGAGAGAUCGCUGAGGACAAAAUUCGUGGAGCUUUAAGCGCUCUGUUCCUACUUUUCAUUAACGUGGGUUUCCUGCUUGCCUACGCAAUCGGCCCCUUCACCUCAUACUGGGGUCUGACAGCAACUGGUGGUAUCCUGUCCCUAUUCUACAUUCCAUUUACGUGGCUCAUACCGGAGACACCCUUCUUUUUAGUUUAUAAAGGUAAAAUCGAAGAGGCAUCUGAAGUGCUUCAGAAGCUUCGUGGCCUUUCCAAGGAUGGCGUGCAAGCCGAGCUAGAUGGACUUCAGGCAAUGAUCGCCAGGGAAUUCAAGACCGAACCCAGCAUAAAAGACCUUUGGGCUACAAAAGGGAAUUUGAAGGCAUUAGGUAUUUGUGUUUUCCUCGCGAUGCUUCUUCAGCUGUCAGGUAUCGACGUACUGUUGUUCUACAUGGAGGAGCUCCUGGUGAAAAUUGGUACUACAAUCUCAGCUACAGAUGGCACCAUCAUCAUGGGCGUUGUUCAGGUGGUGACGAGUUGCAUAACUCCAUUGGUGGUGGACAGACUCGGCAGGAAGCUACUUAUGUGGACCACUUCACUUGGACUUACAAUAUUCUUGGGUAUAAUCGGUGUGUACGCACUACUGGACUCGCACUACAAGUACAACGUGGCGCCGUAUGCGUUCUUACCUUUGUUAUGUCUCAUUGUCUACAUGGUGCUUUUCACGUUGGGCGUGGGUCCCGUACCAUGGAUUCUGGUAGCGGAGAUGUUUCCGCCCCGAACCAAGUGUCUCGCCAGUGGUAUUGCCUCUUUCUGUUGCUGGACGGCCGGUUUUGUGUGGACACGAUUUUUCCGCGACGUCGCGGCCUCUUACGGGAUAUACACAGCGUUUUGGGUAUUAGCCAUUUGCUGCGGCUUCGGCUUCAUAUUCUCCAUUAGCCCGUUGCUUCCGGAAACCAAAGGGAAAACUUUCGACGAAAUACAGGACAUGUUAAAUAAUAGAUCAAAUGAAAACAAACCAGUCGAUGUAUAG